CUCUAACAGCUCAAGUGCACUGAAGUGACAGGAGCCGUCCUGAGCUAAGAACCCAUGUUAAUUUAAGUCCUCUGACUGCCCUUCUUCCAUAUAUCUUUGGAUUUCCUCAGAGUUGUCCUUUCUCCAUCUGCAAUUCUGCAAAGUCUUCACAAGAUACUUGCAAGUUUGUGGAUUCUCCAGCUGCAGGAGCUAAAACUACCGCAGUCAUGGCGGAACUUCAACGUCUUCCCUCUUUAAAACGAGUGGCCGUUUGUGGGGGCACUCAUGGGAAUGAGAUGUCGGGAGUUUACCUGGCCAAGCACUGGCUCAGGGACCCCUCUGAGUUGCAACGCGGCACCUUCCAUGCUACGCCCUUCCUGGGCAACCCACGGGCAGUUGAGCAAUGUGUGCGCUACAUUGGAAGGGAUCUUAAUCGGGCAUUCCUCAAUGAAUUUCUCACCUCCAAGGACUCUGACAUAGACCACUAUGAAGUUCAACGUGCUCAGGAGAUCAACCAGAGCUUUGGGCCCAGGGGUUCAUCUCAGGCCUAUGACUUUAUGUUUGACCUACAUAACACCACAGCCAACAUGGGCGCCUGCCUUUUUGUGGCCACUGAGCACUGUCUGUUGCCCAUGCACAUGUGUCACUACAUUCAGCUACUUCUGUUCUUUUCUCCACAGAAGCAUUACUCAGUGGGACCCUGCACCAUCUUCCUUUAUCAGCAGCCAGGAGAGGAGACUCUUUACCUCACUUCUGUGGCCAAAGCUGGAAUAGCAUUAGAGCUGGGUCCUCAGCCCCAAGGAGUGGCGCGAGCUGAUUGCCUUGCUCAGAUGAGAUCCAUCAUGGCCUGUGCUCUGGACUUCAUUGAGCUUUUUAACAAAGGCACAUUGUUCCCAGCCUUUGAGACUGAAGCAUACAAGGUGGUUGAACGUGUGGAUUUUCCACGCUAUCCUGAUGGUGAGAUCUCUGCUGUGAUACAUCCCAAUCUGCAGGAUAAAGAUUUCCAGCCCCUGAAGCCCGGGGACCCCGUUUUCCAGACGCUCAGUGGAGAUGUGAUUCUGUAUGAGGGUGACAGCAUCACCUACCCAGCCUUCAUCAAUGAGGCAGCCUACUAUGAGAAGAAAGUGGCCUUUGUCAAGAUGGAGAAACGCACAUUCACCCAACCUGCACUGCAGAAGGAGCUUUAAAUAAGUCAUGUUUAAUCCCGGGAACAAAGCAGACAUCACCAGAAGCCAGUUCAAAUGAAUACAUUUUAUAUAGUC